AGACAGUAGAAGCGUAGAGUACAUUGCCUAUAUAAACAAAACAAAAAGGAGAAACGGCUUAUAGUAUAUUUUUCGUAAAAUAUAUAUUUUAUUUUGUUCGCAUUCUAGCAUCGAACUUCGUAUCUACGUGUCUAACCUACACGUAUUUAAUAUACAGAUAGAAUUCUAUGCUGUAUCGGUUACGUUUUCAUUUCAGUUCAGUCAGUCGUCAGUAGACCAUGUGUUCGUUGAUACAUUCGGACGGUGGCCCAUUGAGAUGUGUAUUAAAAUGGCCCCAAUUAUUUAGUAUUUAUUUUGUAAGUGUGGCCCUAUAUUAGUGGUGGCAGUGAGUGUGUGUGUGUGGCAAGGCCUGUGUAAUUCAAUAGGCACACAGCUUGCCCACCCGCAUAUCAUGCAUUAUCUCUGGCCGCAGUGGCAGCUAGGGCCAGUUGCUCGUGUUUAUAACCGUGUUUUAUCAACAUUUAUCUAUGUAUUUUUAUUGUACGGACUUGGCAAUGUUUUGUUUGACUAUGGUAAAGUGUCUGCAAUACCAACUUCCGCAAGCGAUUUUAAUAACAACACCAAUAAUAAUGCGUCAUCUACGGAAUUUCCUGAUUUGGAAGACCGUGGUGAUAAGAAGUUUGGCGAUAAAUGUGAACAUACAAAAGAAUGUGGAUUUAUGUGGGGCGUAUGUGAUCCAGGAAUACAUUCAUGCCAAUGUUAUUCGGAGUAUCCUGUAACAAAUCAUAUUGACAAAUGUGGCAAAGCGUCAACAGUUAAUGAAUCAUGUUAUUUUAAUGAACAAUGUGAAGCAACAUCAUUUCAAACAGAAUGUAGGGACAGUCGUUGUGUUUGUAAAUUUGAAAUGACACCAUUCUUUCAUAAAGAUGGCCGAUUUGAAUGUUUGGCGGUCAACGAACCACUCCCGGAUAAAACAUACGUGGAUCCAGCGAUGAUUGGUGUAUUGUGUGCAAUGGCUGUCAUGUUUAUCAUCAUCUGUGUGGUUCUUCGUUUAUUCGCCAACGCCCGUUGGCGUGAGAACCGUUCCAUAUUCAACACACCAAAUCCAAGGCUGAUGAACGUAUCAUUAUUACGUGAUAGCAAGCUAUUGCAUGGCGAACGACGUGGAUCGCGUGCCAGUGUGCGUGGACCAAGCCGUCAACCGAGUAUGGCAUCGCUACGUCCACACUCGCCAAAUUCGCAAGGUACGCGUGUAACAGCAACAGCCGUUGCACCAACAAGGACUAGCCGUGUGCAUACAACUUCUACUACUACUAGGGCAACAUACACUGAUACCCCACCUCGUUCCUAUCCCGCAGGCUCACGUCCCGGUUCACGUGGUAGCAGCAAUGCGUCUGUCACCUCCGUCCGCUCCAACAAGAGUCCAACUGGCGUUGCCCCCCAGCCGCAUCAUCAGCAUACGCAUCAUCAUAGCCAUCCCCCGAAUACUAACACACCAAUGUUGGAAAGUGUCACCGUUGAUAUUCAAGCACCAAAAGCUUAAACAAAAUCCAAUAAAAAUAUAAACAUCUUUACACUUCACAAUUUUAUCACUCAACUUUUCGAUCGAUUUGAUUGAUUGUAGUUCUUGUAUAUGUGAAAAGACCCGAAAAAAUUAGAAGAUAUAUACAAAUCUCCUAAAUAUAUUUGAAAUACAAUCAAUUUCGAGAAUCUCCGAAUGAAACAAAAUUACACGCUCAUCUACAAAACGCUACUUACAAAAAUAAAAGCUUUAAAUACAUCGAAUCAUUUUAAACAGAAACAACAGCAAAAUUCAAUCAAUUUAUAAAUAAAAAAUAAUUAAACAAAAUCAUUAUACAUAAAUGCUUGGAAGACAACAAAAAAAUA